GAGGUAAUUCUCACGUGACACGUCUAUUCUUUCCCCAAGGGAGGCGUUGUCUCGGUCUUUCGGCCAACGCGCUUCUGUCCUCUCCCAUACUCGGUGCAUGCACAGCUUGUAGCUACUGAGUCUUUGUUUGUGUGAAUUUGCUUCGCUGUAUUUGGUUUUAUCGUCGUUUUCCGUUCGUCUGUGCUUGCUGUGCUUCGUCGCUGAUUUUCCCGUGUCGGCCGGUCAUUGUGUUCGUUCUUCUUUCGCAUUUGCCUGUCUUUACUCCUUACGUGUGCUGUUCCUGCCGCCGGACACGCUUGUGAACAUUCGUUUUCAUUAAUCUAUACAUUUCUUAUUAAACACGUCUUUUGAGUGCUGCUGAAAUGCGUCAAAAACGCGACUUUCAUCGGUUUCAUCGCCCCCACUGGCGCAAACUGAAUUUGCAUUCGCUCGUCGUCGUGAAGGUCGGCGUUGUUACGAACUUGAAGCUGCUGCAUAAUCGUAUUCAUCGCAUUCGUCAAAAUCGAGGACGUUUUCCCCAUUGGAAACGACUCUCUAUCAAUGUGAAGCCACAGGGUUCUUGGCAGGCUUACUUGCUGAGUUCGCUGCCGUUGCGAAGUCUUUCGCGUAUCUGGGGUCAUUUUAAUAACAAGGAAUGGCCUACUUUUCUCAGAAAGCCCGGUUUUACAUUGUACGCGUGGUUGUUUGGUUGUAAUUUGACAGAGCUGAAAGACCCAGACUUAACUCAUUACCGUAACUUCCAGGACUUUUUCUAUCGUGAACUUCGUCCCGAAGCAAGACCAGUUGACGAAGACUCGUUCAUUGUUUCGCCGGUGGAUGGUCGGAUUGUUUGUCAGGGCCGCAUUAACAACAAUCGCAUUCAGCAUGUGAAGGGUCUUUCCUACUCUUUGGAAGCCCUACUUGGGGGUCUGUCGUCUUGUAGUCCCCAAGUCGUUGAUUUCGACGAUUCGUGCAUGUAUCCCGAAAAGGUUGCCGAGCAUAUGAAAUUUGCUACCAAGCAUGAGAUUCCAAAUUACCGUCAAACACCUCGCCGUGUAACGGUUCCUUCGCGGAGAGAUGGUAUUGAGCGGAAUCGUAGUGCACCCGCUCUCAUGUGUGCAUUGACUAGUUCGCGUCUUCGUCUGUGUCCUGACUGUAACCGUGCGAGUAUGGAGGAGCAGGAGGAGAGUGAUUUGGCUGCUGGCGUCAAGUGCAGUCAUAUUUCACCCGCUAAAAAUGAUGCCGGUGAUGAUGAUGCUUGCUCAGACAGCAGUAGCUUUUACUCUUUGCCUGCUUCGGACAAUGUUCCAAUUCCUGCAAGUGUUGAUGAAAAGAAGACUUCGUGGAUUGACACUGCAGAGAUUGCCUCGCUCGACUCUCUUCCUUGGCGCAAUAUCCGUCCGGGUCAUCAACUUUUUUAUUCUGUGAUUUACCUCGCUCCUGGUGACUACCACAGAUUUCACUCACCGGCUGAUUGGGUCGUCGAAUCACGUAGACACUUUUCCGGUGAGUUGUUCAGUGUUUCUCCAUACUUAGCUCGGCGUUUGCACAACUUAUUUGUUUUGAACGAGCGUGUUGCUUUGAUUGGUCGUUACAAACAUGGCUUCAUGAGUAUGAUUCCUGUCGGCGCGACGAAUGUCGGCAGUAUCGUCAUCAACUGUGAUCCUACCCUGUCUACGAAUAGAAUGGUGCUCAGAAAAAAAUCAUUGGGUUCAUUCGAGGAGGCUGUAUACAGCAAGGCUUCUCCCGUUCUGCAUGGUCAACCAUUCGAACGAGGAGAGCAAGUUGGCGGCUUCAAAUUGGGUAGUACGGUUGUCCUCGUCUUUGAGGCGCCUGAAGACUAUGAGUUUACGACAUACCAAGGCCAAUAUGUGCGGGUUGGAGAAAGCUUGUAAUUGCGAUAUUGUCGAAUUUUUGUCAUAAUGGCAAAAAGUAUGUUCUUUAUUACAUGCAAGUAUUAAAUUGCUAUGUAUUUAACUAUGUUUUCUGCACACACACACGCAUUCACACACUCACACGCACACUCUCACUCGUUUAAAGAGUAUUAAUGUCCCAUCUCUUAACGUUAUUCUUCACAGCUACAUUGAUGCAUGUUUACAACCGCUGUGUAGACCUCUCUCUCUCCUCGCUUUUUUGCGCGGUUCUGUUCUUUCUUUCAAUCUGUAAGCAAUAGUACCACUGGAUGUUACUAUAUGGGAGGGCGGCAUAUUCAUGUUUGCUUAUUCAUCCAUUCAACCGGCUCAAUUUCCCGUUCAUUUACGUCUUCUGUUCUCUGCUGCUGCUUUUACUGACGCAGAUCUCUUGUUUAUGUAGUCGUGCUAUGCUAGUAAUGGUUUCUCAUGUUUAUUAACAAUAGGGGAAAGGAGGAGAUAGAAAGUUAGCGGUCGUUUACGAGGACGGCAAUCAAGCAGAAAGAGACAGGAAUGAUUACUUCAUCGUGUGCACGUCCUCGUUUCAUUCUGUUGUUUCAUAAUAUAAAUUAAUAGUCAUGUCGUAA